AUGCUCGACCCUGAUUGGCCAGCGCGCCACACCCACCCUCCAUCAAACCUCCCGCCAGAAAACCUGCCAGCAUCACGCAUCGCCAACUCUGCUCCGAAGCACCGCGCAACCUUUGACAGCGGCCGCCCUCCCCACGAAACCCCCAUCAAAUCCCGAGGCUCCUCCGUCCUCUUGAGCCCGCUGCACCCUCAACCCGCCACCGGCCGUCCGCAAUUCGAGCCCGCAGCAACCAUGGCCGCCGCCGAGCAAGACGCCCUGCUUCGCCUCCGCCAGGCCAUCGCGGCCCAGCAGGCCUUCAUCCCCAGUGCCACGGCCGACGCAGGCGCUGCCGAAGUGCCCUUAUCGCAAGCCAGCCACCUCCAGUUCCCCGACCAGGCCGUGUCGCUGGCCAUUGACCUCGCGACGCGCUUCAUUUCCAACGACAGCCCCGUGGACCUACGCUCCAUCUACUUUGCCUGGCUCAACAGAGAGCUUGCCAUUCCCGAGUACAAUGCGUCUGCUACGACGCUCAACGAGCAGCUUGCGGCCGCCGGGUCGGCUGGCAAGGUGCAUAACCUGGGCUUCAUUGAGCGUCUUGAUUUGAUUACUUGGCUCGAAGGCGCUAGCGAGGAGAGUGAAUACAUCAAGCCCGUGUCGGGCGAUGCUGCUGAUGCCGCGGCCGUUGUGCCUGAUGCUGCGGCUGGCGCGGCGACGUCUGUGACGCAGACGAGAGCGGGCAAGGGGAGCUUGGAUCCGCGCCUCGCGAGCAUCUAUGACGGCGAGCGCAAGAUGGGCGAUAGAAACUCUGUCCUGCGCGGCAUCAAACCUACAGACUUUUCACAUGUGCGCAAGCUCGCACUACCAUUCAUCCAGAAGAAGCCGUCGACGAGCAUCGGCUCCAACCCCUCGCUGUCCAUCAACCCCAAGGGCCCGACGCGCCGACCCGACCCCAUCAUCCUGCUAUCGCCCUCUGCCUCAUCGCUGCUGCGCAUGUCGAAUGCCCGCUCGUUCCUCGAGGACGGCAAGUUUGUGCCGCCCGACGCUGGCGCGUCGACCGCCAGUAUGCUGCAUGUGCAGCGCACGAUACGCGCGAUUGACCCGAACCGCCCGAUGCGCUUCAUUCUCGUAGAGGGCUCGGAACAGUUCAAGCCCGAGUACUGGAACCGCAUUGUGGCCGUCUUCACAACGGGCCAGGCGUGGCAGUUUAAGAACUACAAAUGGAGCAACCCGGACGACCUGUUCAAGCACACGCUCGGCAUCUACAUUGGCUGGCGCGGCGAGCAGGCGCCCGAUGUCGUCCGCAACUGGGGACACCGCGUGGUGUCUGCUGGCGUGGACCGCUGGCGCGGCGAGGGCCAGGAUGCCUCGCGAUUCCGUGAUAAGGAGGUUGUCGAGACGCUCUGGAAGGCUAUUGAGGCCAAUAUGCGUGCCAAGGGCUGGAAGAAGGAUGCAGCGCCGAUUUCCAUCUAACAGGCUGCAUCUAUCAGUUGGGGGAAGUGAAGAAGAGGCUCAUCUUGCGAGAGAGAGCGGGAGCCGGGUUGGUGUAUAAAGUUUGUAUUUUACGGGUGUUUGUAAUGUCUUGCUUUUCUUUUGCAUCUUCCUUUUUUUGUUUUCUUCUCGCAUCAGUUGGUCAUGAAAAGAGGCCACAAGCGACGGCGUUUUGUACACAGGAUAUCAUUCUAUUUUUCGUACGUUUUUUGUUCUGCAAAAGGGCGUAUCUACUAAAAGAGAGAAAAGCAACCACUGUGACUUGAUAACACUCUUCUCUUUCUUGUUGUGACUAGCUCUAUUGUUCGUCUUGAAUACUAACCACUCACUCGACUUGGCCAUGACGCUUCAUCCCAUUUCUUCCUCUCGCCUUACUUACAAUUGCCCCCUAUACUUCGUAGACAGAAGGCUGUGGCUCUGCUCCAUAGCGGAAUGCUCGCCGUCUUGGUCAUCGCCAACGUCGCCGUCUUCAGCCCGCCAGCCACGCAAGCCUCACGAUAUCUCGUUUGUCCACCUGUCCACCGCCAGUUACUGCUUCUGCUGCUUCUGCUGCUUCCACGCCUCCACCGCCGCCAGCCUCACCUGACUCCGCUAUGAUGGUGCUGCCUGAUUUCCUAUACUCUGUAGUUCCUCCAGCGGUGGCUAGCCGCAUGGCUACGCGAACCGUCUAGGUGCAUGCAGAAAAACUGCCCGGUACAGGGGGCCAGAGAGCUACGAACAAGGCAGCCAUGUGGCUUUCCGUCAAUAGUCUCGUCGCAAAAGAUUGGAUGGGGAAGGGAGUGGCGCUCUAUUUUUUCCCUUCGUCGACGUUGCUUCCAAGACUGUUCUAGAAGGACGGGCGUUUUCCGGUGGCCAGGGGGGCGUGUACAUUACAACUGGCUAAAAAAACGGUUCAUUGAUAUUCAUUCAAUGAAAUUACGACGCGACACGAGAGGGGAUAAAAAAACUGGACUAUUGAGGGGCGGUGAUGUUUCGUUGAAUACGCUGGAACAACGCACACGCAAAACGCACACCCUUCCCGGGAUGUCCGCCUGGUGCCUACCUAGUACAGUCAGUACUGUAGUAAUAUUGACAUUCUCACCAGCAGCGGGUAGAGCAAAGCAAAGCAGCUGUGCCGUAAGAUGAAACGGCGGGUUUGGGGUGAGGCAUGGAGCGAGCGCGGCUAUCUUCUGUCUCGGCAGCAUGACUUGCUUGUUUUGGCUUCCGUUACGGACCAAAGAUGAGAUGAGAUGCUUAUGCCUGCGGCUCUGCUUUCCGAACUAGUCAGAGCCGCGCGAUGCUCACCGACCAGGAAGCAUUGCUUACGCUGGACGGGACGCUGUUUCGGAGAGACCAAGCAAGCAAGCAAGAACGUAAUCAUUGGAAAUCUGAUGCUGCAACCCUGGAUCUUGAUGGGCCGUCAGCGCUCGUCGCGUGGAAGUGGAUAUCAAGGAGCAGGGUUUGCCAUGUAAGCACAGCUAGGCUGCUGCGCGGCGUCUCCGGGAUGACAGGCCCUUUAGGUUGUUUGUUGCCAUGGCGAGAUUUGAGAUGUCUGUGAGAUCUAGGGGGGCCGGUCGAGGGGGUGUACAGUAAAGUGUCAACUGUAAUACCGGUGUUUUGAAAAAUUAAAUAAAAUAAGAAAGGCCGAAGAGGAAAAAUAGUAUACGAGAAGGUGUCGGCCAUAGCCGUUGAAAGACAGAACACGGUGCGUGCACGCACGACAGAGACUG